AUGAAGAAGAAGGAAAGAAAAACCAUACCAAACCUCUAGCUUUCUUCUCGACCUUUUAGCCUUACUUUUCACUCUCUAGCAUAUUGAAGCAGUUCAAGCUCUGACCCUCUAGCUUUUUUCCUUCUCCUUUAGCCUUCCUUUUCUCUCUAUAGCAUAUUGAAACAAUUCAAGCUCUCACCUUUUAGCUCUCUUCUCGCUCUUUUAGCCUGUCUUUCGCUCACUAGAAAGUUUUCCAUUCACACUCUAGCAGUGAAGCACUUGAAGCCCACCAUCUCUAGCUUCUCUCUCGCUCUUUUAGCCUUCCUUUGGCUUUCUCUCACUACGAACAAAUGGCUGAAGCAAUCCUCUGCGGUGUUGCACAGAUGACAGACCAUAAUCGAAAAUUUGGGCUCUGGGGCUUUUGAAAAGAUUGUGUCACUGUGGAACGUUAAAGAUGACCUUGACAGCAUCAAGAACACUGUGUCCAGAAUACAAGCUGUCCUUCUGGAUGCAGUAGAGCAGCAGAACCACAACCAUCAAGACAGGGACUGGCUCGAAAAGCUCAAGGACGCUUUUUAUGAUGCAGACGACUUGUUGGGUGAGUAUAAGUUCCACGUUGAAUUAGCUUUGCAGCAAGAAGAGACAAGUGGGAAUAUUGCAGAAAAGGUGUGCGAUUUCUCUAGAAGUAUCCCACUUGUUUUUCGAAAUCGUAAGAGGAGUCGUAGAAUAAUCGAAUUGAGGCAGAAACUAAUUGCAAUGGCGGAAGAUAGAAAUAACUUUCACUUUAAUGAGGGCCAUGUGAAGCCUCAAGUGAGUCUGAACAGGGAGACUGUCCCAUGUUUACCUAAUAAAGAAGUCACUGGGAGAGAUGAGGAUAGAAAUGCCAUCAUAAAACUUUUAUUGGAGCCUAAUAAUGAAGAGAAUGUUUCAGUCAUUGCUAUUGUGGGAAUUGGGGGGUUAGGCAAAACCACACUUGCUCAAUAUGUAUAGAAUUAUGAAAAAGUCAAUACACAUUUUGAGCUAAAAUUAUGGGUGUGUGUCUCAAAUGUUUUUGGGAUGAAAACAAUUGCUGAAAAACUAAUAAAUGGUAUUGAUAAAGAUGAUAGCAUGGAACUAAUGCGAAAGAAACGUCGUAAGUUUAAUCCUGAAGUCCUCAUGGGUCAAGUCCACAACAUGGAUCCAUUGAGGGAAAUUGUUAACAAAGUUUAUCAAAAGAAUUUUUUACUUGUGUUGGAUGAUCUAUGGAAUGAAAAUUAUAAAAAUUGGAAUGACUUUAAAAGUCUUUUAAUCGGUGGUGCAAAGGGAAGUAAGAUUGUAAUAACAUAUGCUCUUAAAGGUCUUUCUAAAGACCACUCUUGGUCUUUAUUUGAGAAAAUAGCAUUUAGAAACAGACUAGAGACCAAUAAUCCUAAACUAGUAGAAAUUGGAAGAGAGAUUGUAGACAAAUGUCAAGGAGUACCCCUUGCCAUAGAGUCCAUUGCAAAUGCAUUAUACUUUGAGAAAAAAGACGGGUGGUUAAAGAUCAAGGAUAAGGUACAAGAAAAUGUAAUUGAACAAGGAGGUGGUAAUACUUUUUCAAUUCUAAGGUUGAGUUAUGAUCCUCUUCCGUCAUAUAUAAAAGGUUGUUUUCCUUUUUGUUCUUUGUUUCCUAAAGCUUACGAGAUUGAUAAGAUGACACUGAUUCAACUAUGGAUGGCACAUGGGUUAAUCCCAUUAUCAAAUAAUGGAGAGCAAUUAGAUGAUAUUGCAGAUGAGUACAUCAACCAUCUACUUUGCAGGUCCUUUUUUGAUGAAGUAAGGGAUUAUGGUUAUGGACAAGUCUUAAAAUUCAAGAUGCAUGAUUUUUAUCAUGAUCUUGCAUUAUCAAUUGCGGGGGCGGACUGUAGACUUGAUUAUUUGGAUGGCAAAACUCGUCAUGUAUCAUUUUCUAGUGGCUCAUCUUUUACUAAGACUUUAAGUUUUGUUAAAGCAAGCAGCAAGGUAUGUACAAUUCUUUUCACACAUGGUAAGUCAUCUGGUGCCAUGGAGGAGUCAACAUUGAGUGAACUGAUUGAGAGUCUCUCAAGGUUGCGUGCAUUAGAUAUACAUGGAUUGAAUAUUAAAAUAAUGCCAAAUUCAAUAGGGAAGUUAAUACAUUUGAAGUACUUAGAUCUUUCUUUUAAUCCUCUUAAAACUCUUCCUGAUUCAAUUACUGCAUUGUUGAAUUUGCAAACACUAAAACUUCAAGAAUGUUGUAAUCUUGAGCAAUUGCCUAGGGAUAUCACAAAAUUGGUUAGCUUCAAACACCUUGAUAAUAUAGGUUGUUCUAAGUUGAGACUGCCUCGAGGAUUACGGAAAAUGACUGGCCUUUGGUCAUUACCAUUAUUCAUUGUGAGGAAUAAUGGUGGACUAUGGGAAUUGAAAGGGCUAAACAACCUCAGAGGAACAUUUAUGAUCCAAAUUUUAGAACAAUUGGAAGAUGCAAACUCAAAAUGCAAGGCCAAAAAUUUAAGGGAAAAUCAACAUCUUGAGAGACUGGAUUUAACAUGGGCUCAUCAAGGAGUACAUGAUGAGAAGUUAUUAGAUAGCCUCCAGCCACAUCCAAAUCUCAAAAUUUUGGAAAUGUGGGGUUACACGGGUGUGACAUUUUCAAAUUGGCUUUCUUCCAUCGAAAAUCUUGUUAAUUUAACUUUAAGUAAAUGUGACAGAUGCAACCACUUGCCACCGUUGUCUGAACUCCCGUUUCUGGAAACAUUACGUCUUUAUAAAAUGAAAGGUUUGGAAUGCAUAUCAGAUUGUGAUAUGAGUGAGGAGGUUUCUACUGUAUCCUUCUUCCCGUCGCUAAAGUCACUUGAGAUUUGUGGAAGCCCUAACCUGAAGGGAUGGUGGAGGAGCGCAUCAAUGCCAGAUCAUCAACAACAUCCGAAUGACCAGUCACUGCCUUCAUUUCCUUGUCUUUCUUCUUUUUGGAUUCGUGAGUGUCCUAAUAUGACUUCCAUGCCCUUGUUUCCUUAUCUCGAAAAAUUCCUAUCUCUAAAUAAUGUUAGCAUAAAGCCUUUUCAAGAGACAAUACUCCUCUCUUCCUCCUCUUCCUCGUCCUCUCCUCUCUCCAAAUUAAAAACUAUGGAAAUAUCUAGUACGGAGGAUGUUGUGUCUCUACCACAUGGGUGGAUAUCGAAUCAAAUUUCUCUCGAGUCUUUAUACAUUUGGCGUUGCAAGGAGUUAAAUCUAGGAAGUGACGUGGACAAAAUGGAAUGGCGACACCUCAAUCGCCUCAAUCAUCUGGAAUUCCACAGCCUUCCAAAACUGAAUUCCUUACCUGCCGGUCUUCAAAACUUUGCCGCAGUGGAUUCGGAAGCUUAUCUCACUUGA